AUGGCCAGCUCGCACCUGCUGCCGUGGCUGUUCCUGCUGCCUGCGCUCUGUGGGCCGGGCACUGCUGUCGGGACCACCUCAUCCCUGGCCUGCGCCCAGGGCCCUGAGUUCUGGUGCCAAAGCCUGGAGCAAGCAUUGCAGUGCAGAGCCCUAGGACACUGCCUGCAGGAAGUCUGGGGACACGUGGAAGCUCAUGACCUGUGCCAGGAAUGUGAGAACAUCACCCACAUUCUCACCAAGAUGGUCAUGGAGGUCAUUUCCCAGAGCAUGAUACGGGAAUUCCUGGAGCACGAGUGCGACAUCUUCCCGCUGAAGCUGCUGGGGUCCCAGUGCCACGACAUGCUGGACACCUACUUGCCACUGGUCAUCCACCACUUCCAGAGCCAGAUGAACCCGAAGGCCGCCUGCGAGCAAUUGGGCCUGUGCAAAUGCAGGCAUCCAGAGCCAGGGCAGGAGCCAGAGCCGUCAGGCCCCCUGCAGGACAAGCUGGUCCUCUCUGUGCUGCCUGGGGCCCUCCGGGCGAGGCCCGGGCCGCAGACACAGGGUCUCUCCGAGCAGCGGCUCCCCCUUCCCACCUGCUGGAUCUGCAGGACUCUGAUGAAGCGGAUCCAAGCUAUGAUUCCCAAGGGUACUCUGGCCAGUACUGUGGCCCACGUGUGCCACUUGGUACCCUUGGUGGUGGGCGGCAUCUGCCAGUGCCUGUCCAAGCACUAUGUUGUCAUCCUGCUAAACACACUGUUGGACCGCGUGCUGCCCCAUCUGGUCUGUGGCCUCAUCCUCCAGUGCUCCAGCGAGGACGGCGCUGGCCCAGCCCUCACCGCUCUGGGGUCCCUGCCAGGAGAAUGGCUACCGCAAGACACUGAGUGCCAGCUCUGCAUGUCUGUGACCACCCAGGCAGGGAAGAGCAGUGAGCAGGCCAUGCCACAGGCAAUGCGCCAGGCCUGCCUGGGCUCCUGGCUGGAUAGGCAAAAGUGUCAGCAGUUCGUGGAGCAGCACGCACCCCAGCUGCAGACCCUAGUGGCCGGGGGCUGGGAUGCCCGCACCGCCUGCCAGGCCGUGGGGAUGUGCAUGACCCCGUUGAGUCCUCUCCAGUGUGUCCACAGACCCCACUUCUGA